CUAGGAGGAAACGCCCUGUGACGUCAUCAGUCCGCGCGGCGCGUUUCCUGGAGUUCCACUCACUCUGCGCGCCACCCAGGCUGGCGGGUCCCCGCCAUGGCAGCGGCCAACCCCUGGGAUCCGGCGUCCGAGCCUAACGCUGCCGGGCUGCUGCUGGGCCAUUUCGUUGCUUCGGGAAUGGUCACUCAGGAAAUGUUAGAUAUAGCUAAGAAAUCAGCUUCUUGCUUUGAGAACUUCUCCAGACAACAGCAGAUCACAGAUAUUCAAGCUGAAAUCAACCAGAAAAACCUGGAAAUUGAACUCCUAAGACUAGAAAAAGAUACAGCAGAUGUUGUUCAUCCUUUCUUUUUAGCUCAGAAGUGUCAUAUUCUGCAAAGCAUGAAUAAUCAUUUGGAAGCUGUGCUAAAAGAGAAGCGGUCCCUAAGGCAGAGACUGUUGAAACCCAUGUGCCAAGAAAACUUGCCUAUUGAAGCUGUUUAUCACAGCUAUAUGGUACAUUUGCUGGAGUUGGCAGUGACUUUCAUUGAGAAAUUAGAAACCCACCUUGAAAUAAUUAGAAAUAUCCCUCAUUUAGAUGCAAAUCUAAAGAAAAUGAGUAAAGCUUUAGCAACGACGGAUAUUUUGGUGACUAAAACAGAAGAACUGGCAGAUAAUAUACUUCAGUGGCGAGAACAACAAAAGGAAGUCUCCUCUUGUAUCUCCAACAUAUUAGCUGAAGAAGACAAUCUUCAUAAACACUAUCUUCAUAAACAUGACAUUGUAAUACCUUCUUUACCUUUUACUUCUAAAGCUCAUGUCCAGGCUACUAAAGCCAAGUGAUUAUGAACUAUUUAUUCUUGCUUAAAUGUAUGUAGUCCUGUGAGGUCAUUUCUAGUCAACUGUAACAAGGAUAUUUAUAGUUUUUGCUGCUAGUAAUACUUAAAAAGCUCUCUUUGUAUUGAAGUACUAAGAUCCCAAGUUCAUUAGGACCAAACUGAAUUUUCCCUUAAUGUUCCAUAUGUUUUUAUUCCACUCUUUCAGUGAAACUAGUCAACAUCAAAUGUAACUGACAAUUAACAAACAUACCCUAAUCAUAUCUCAGACAAUAGAUAUUAUUAUUGUCUUUUUUUUUUUUAAUGCUUUCUGCAUUGGAAGAAUCGUCAUGAAUCUGAAAGUAGGUUGAUUAUUCCAAAGGGAUUUCAUAAAGGGUACAGAAAAGAGUAACAUAAUAUAACUGGCUAUCUUUUGAAGGCCUUCUUGCCUAACAUCUGUGAACUAGGCAAAAAAGGCAGAGCAAAGCAAAGAAAAAGGCACAUUAUUGUAAAACUUUUAGAGGCUUGCCUCAAUUAUUUUAUCUGAGAUUAUUGUGCAUAUCAAAGGAGUAGUAUAUUAACAGUUGUCUCAGGAUAUAUUCAUUUGUACAACAUUAUAAUUAUGCCUGGUUUAUUUUCAGACUUGGGUUUCUCUUUUGCUUUAAAAUGUGUUCAUGGAAAAAAAAAAAAUGUGUUCAUGG